AUGCAGGAAAUCCAAGGCCCGGUUGGCCAGGGCGGCCCAAGUGCUCCCGGCAACCGCUUUCCCGGACACGCUUCCAAGCCUUCCAACAGCGACACCGGCUUUUCCCACGGUGCCUUCACUUCCAACAUCUCUGGCUUCGCUGACAGACACCCUCGCCGCGGCAACAUCCCGACGAUCAACACCCAGCCGCUGACCCAGCAUCAGCAGGCUCCCCCGUCCGCCGUCGACAUGGCCACCCCGGGCACUGCCUUUGACAUGCAGUUCACGCCUCUGCUGCCGUCUCAGCUCCUCCUCGGAAGCCCCUUCCAGCCUGGAACCCCCGCUGCCUUCGCCAGCCCUCAGUUCCAGAAUCUUCAGGGCUUCCAGCAAGCUCAGCAGCAGAACCAGCAGCAGCAGCAGAACGGCCCCAUGAGUCCGGUCCAGCAGAGCAUGUCGCCUCAGCAGUACCAGGCCAUGGUAUCCCCUUCGACCUACGGUGCCCCCCAGUUUUUCCAGCCCCAGUCCCCCACGAGCGGCGGCUUCAGCAACAUGCAGAUUCCCAUGCAGCCUAGCUCUCCCGUCUCCAUGGGCCCUGGCAUGGUUACCGGCACUAGCCGCACCGUCUAUCUCGGCAACAUCCCUCCUGACACGUCGGCUGAGGAAAUCUUGGGACAUGUCCGAAGCGGUCAAAUCGAGUCCGUUCGUCUGCUCCCUGACAAGAACUGCGCCUUCAUCUCCUUCUUGGACGCCAGCUCUGCUACCCACUUCCACUCGGAUGCCAUCUUGAAAAAGCUCUGCAUCAAGGGCCAGGACAUCAAGGUCGGCUGGGGCAAGCCUUCUCAGGUCCCUACCUCUGUAGCUUUGGCCGUUCAGCAGUCGGGCGCCUCCCGUAACGUUUACUUGGGUAACCUGCCAGAGGACAUUACUGAAGAGGAGUUGCGCGAGGAUCUGGGCAAGUUUGGAGCCGUUGACACGAUCAAAAUCGUGCGCGAGAAGAGCAUCGCCUUUAUUCAUUUCUUGUCCAUCGCCAAUGCCAUCAAGGCAGUUUCUCAGCUUCCCCAAGAGCCGAAGUGGCAGGCCCCUCGUCGCGUUUACUACGGCAAGGACCGAUGUGCUUACGUUUCGAAGACCCAGCAGCAGAACGCUGCUCAGUACCUUGGAAUCGCGCCUGGCUAUGCGCAUAUGCUCACUGGUGCAGACCGUGAUUUGAUCUCGAACGCUCUGGCUCAGCAGUCUGUGGCUGCGGCCGCCGUCGCGACAACCGCCGGUGGUAUCAACAACCUUGGAAACCGGACCAUUUAUCUUGGCAACAUCCACCCCGAGACGACGAUCGAGGAAAUCUGCAACGUCGUUCGCGGUGGUCUCCUUCACCACAUCCGCUACAUUCCUGACAAGCACAUUUGCUUCGUUACAUUCAUCGACCCUACCGCAGCGGCCUCGUUCUACGCUCUCAGCAACCUCCAGGGCCUGAUGAUUCACAACCGCAGACUGAAGAUUGGCUGGGGUAAGCACUCUGGUGCUCUGCCGCCCGCCAUCGCCCUUGCCGUCAGCGGAGGAGCGUCCCGUAACGUCUACAUUGGCAACUUGGACGAGACCUGGACUGAGGAGCGCCUCCGACAAGACUUCUCCGAGUUCGGUGAAAUCGAGUUGGUCAACACCCUGAGGGAGAAGAGCUGUGCCUUUGUCAACUUUACCAACAUUGCCAACGCCAUCAAGGCUAUCGAGGCUGUACGCAGCAAGGAUGAGUACAAGAAGUUCAAGGUCAACUUCGGCAAGGAUCGCUGUGGAAACCCUCCUCGCCAGCUCUCUCAGCAGCAGCAGCAGGCACAAUCACCUCGCACUGAUGGUGUCUCUUCGCCGCCCCCAACCGGUUCCCAAAACUCGGGCUCUCCUACCAAUGGCAACACCCCUCAGCAGUCCGCCACCUUGUUCAACUCCAACAGCAACCCUUUGACACUGUACCUGAACCACGUCUCACAGCAAGCUCAGCAGCAGCAGCACCACCAGCAGCAGCAGCUUCAUGUCCAGCAGCAAGCCCUGUUCGGUACCGCCCAGUCCUCGCCUAGUGAGCUGUCCAUCGACGUGCAAUCCCAGGGUCCCAUCUCGGGUCACCAGCAGUCUGCCAGCAUCUCCAAUGGCUAUCCCCACAGUGCCUCCGGUCCUGGUCCCACCACCAUUGGUGGCCUCCUGGCCCCUGGUAACCGUGGCGGCCAGCACAACCGCGCCGUCAGCUUGCCUGCCCUGAACCCUGGCUUCGAGAACGGCGGCGCCCCCUCAGGCAACGAGGGCCCUGAGCGCCGUGGCCACCAGUACCAGGCCAGCUUUGGCGGCAUGGGUGCCGGUUACGGUCUCGCCAUUCAGGGUGGUCUGAACGGCUGGGUCGAGGAGGAGGUUGCCAACUAG